AUGGCGAUGAAUUUGGACGCGAAUGGUUUCAAGUCCCUUCUGGAGGCGCUUACGUCCACCAACAGAGCCGCAAGGAAUGAUGCUGACGCCAAGAUCAUGGCGCUCAAGAGGGCGGACAUAAACCUCGCGCUCGUAUUCACGCUCAAUGUGAUGAUCACCGAUUCCAAUGAGGACUUCAGGCUGCAGGCGGCGGUCCUCCUCAGGCUGCUUCUCGACCUGUCUAAGUCCGGGGAUGCGCCCAAGAAUACGUGGAAGUCUGUAUCGGCGGAAACGAAGGACGUGCUGAAAAAGUCGUUGCUGGCGUGCCUCCGACGAGAGACCCAAAACUCCAUCAGGAGCAACGCCUGUGACACCAUCGCCGACAUGUGCGAUGCGUGCCUGGAGCUGGACGAGUGGCCGGAGCUGACCAGGUGCACCAUCGAGCUGAUCCAGGAUGAGAACCCGUUGUACAAAAAAUCGGGAUUCAAACUGCUGGGAGAAUGCUUCACGUACUUCGCGGACGAACUUUCGCCGCACCUCAGCGACGUGGUACGGGUGACCAAGAACAGCCUCAUGGACGCCAAUGCCUCCGUCAGGACGGAGACGAUAUGCGCCAUUUCCAACGUCCUCGAGGACGACGUGUUGGACAUCGCAUCGCAGCUGGGAGACGCCACGCCUUACAUCAUCGGGCACAUCAAGCAGCUCGCCGUGUCAACGGACAACGCAUCGAGGGACGAGCUUGAGCGGUCGAUGGCGGGUCUCAUCAUGAUCGUCGACAACAACGCCAAGAUCCUGAAACCGCACCUGCAGCUGUUCUUCAACAGCAUGAUGGAAAUCGCAACCACCGACAGUGCCCAGCCCAACCUGGACCAGGAGAUCAGGUCCAUGGCCAUCGAAGCUCUCGUUACGCUUGCUGAAAAGAAGCCACAAACGGCACUUACAAUCCCCAAUUUCGGCUUACGCAUGGUUGUAUGCCUAAUGAACGCUAUGUUGGAUAUCGAGGACGACAGCUACGCAGAGUGGCUGGAGACCGGUGAGACCGACGACGACGUGCAGCGUCUCUACGACGCUGGAGAGGAGGGAUUGGACAGGCUGGGUCGUGCUUUCGAGGAUAUCAACGACGCCCCUUUCAUGGACUGGGUGCUUUCCAAUGCCUCGCAGUUCAUCCAGCAGCCCAGUUGGCAGCACGUCUUUGUGGGAAUUAUGACAAUAUCGCAGACCGUGGAAUACCUCACCGAGGACGAAGUGGAGGAACACAUGGGUUCCAUCAUCAGUAUCAUGAAGGGGAAGCUGAAGGAUCAGGAUUUCAGAGUGAGGUUCGCGGCGUGCCAGACCAUUGGGCAAAUCGCACUGGACCACCAGCCUUACGUGCAGAUGGCCUACUUCGACGAGAUCAUCCCGGCACUUCUCGACGCCAUCGAGGACCAGAGCCCGAGAGUACAAUCGCACGCCCUCUCUGCCUUUGUUAACUACACCGAAGAAGUGCAAAAGGAGAACCUGCUCCCACUAGCGGAUGUGAUUGUGAAGCAGCUUCUCAAUAAAAUAACCCCCAAUUCACACAAGUCGGUUCGUGAGCAGGCAAUAACCUCGCUGGCGGUCGUUGCGGGGGUGAUAGAGGAGCAUUUCGUCAAGUACUACACUGCGGUUGUGCCGCUUAUGAAGCAGACAAUUGCCACUUGCGUGGACCCCGAUGACCGCACUUGCCGCGGAAAGGCCAUUGAGUGCAUUUCAAUCAUAGGAAUGACCAUCGGGCGCGAUGUGUUCCUCCAGGAUGGUAUUGAGUGCAUGAAUGCGCUUAUACAAAUCAUGCAAGAGCCAACCACGCCAGACGACCCUGUUAAGGAAUACGCAGAUGAGGCGCUCGGAAGGCUUUGCGCAGCGCUUGGGCCCAACUUCUGCCCCUUCCUGCCUACCGUAGUGCCUCUGCUUCUCCGGUCGUUGGAGGGUAACAUCAAGUCGUUCAAUGAAGAGGGCGACGACAUGACCCUCAACAUGGGCUACGACGGUGCUGCCGGGCUGCGCACGACGCUUGUAGAGGAACUGGAGAGGAGCCUCACCCUCAUUGCCACCAUUGUUGAGCAGAUGGAGGAGGGCUACGACGAUUACGUCGUGCCCACUGCGCAGGCGCUUAUGCCCAUUUUGGGCUACGUGCUCACAAGCGAGCUGAAGGAGAAGGCGCUCUCCGCCAUGGCCCAAAUCAUCAAAGCCAAGAGGCUUGCUUUGGAAAAGAACGGUGGCUCGAAGGAUGCUUUCAUGGAAAUCGUGCUGAACACUCUCAACAACGUUAUCAGCGCCCUAGAGAAGGCGAGGGACGACAAUUCCCAAGUGAGCAUGCCAGUUGAAAUUCUCACCGCCAAUGCCGACGGGCUCUACAAAUGCCUGGACAGUGCAGGGCCGGGCAUCCUGAACGUCAACAUCAUUACCGUUGUUGGACAGAAACUGCUGCAACUCAUCGAGGAGUCUUCUAACUUCAAAAAGAUCUACAGCAAACACAGGAUGAACAAAAAUUUGGAUCCGGAUGAGAUAAUGUCCCUAGAAAUGGACGAAGAGAAUGAGCAAGCUUAUCGGUCAGCAUUGCUGGAGCUUUUCGGCGUGAUCAUGAAGCACCACCCCGAAGAAUUCAUGCAAACGUGCCACAACGCCUGCCUGCAGUUCGUCUUGGCAAACCUGGAGAAAAGCAACGCCGACGAUAUUGCGGUUGGGCUCUACCUCUGCGAUAACAUGAUCGAAUACCUGAAAGCCAGGACGGUCCCCGUCUGGCCGCAGUUCCUGGGCCACAUUUUCAAGUACGUCGAGAGCAAAAAUGCCAACGUGCGCCAAUCGGCCUGCUACGGCUUGAGCCUUCUCGCCAGGAUGCCUGAAUUCGCAGGGAUGGAGAAUGAGGCCGCCGCGAAAAUCGCGGCGUCUCUGAAGAAUAUAUUCGUUACUUCAGGCUCCACCAAACGCGAACAGCAGGCGGCGACUGACAACGCCGUGGCCGCGCUGGGUGAGAUUAUCAAAUUCCACGGAUCCAACCUGAAGGACGCAGCCGGCUACCUAAACUUGUGGCUGAAGAAUCUGCCCUUGAAGGCGGACGAGGAAGAGGGCAAGCGUGUUCACCAGGGCCUCAUGGACCUCAUCAGGGCCAACGACCAAAGCAUCCUGGGUCCCGACAACUGCAACAUGGGACAGCUUAUCAAGAUCUUCAUCACCAUAUACGAGACCGACUUUUCUACUGCACAGCUGAACUCGCAAAUUAUUAUGCUAAUGAAGCACUUCGGAGAUGGGUUCCUGCAGCAGCUCGCCCCCUCCCUACCCAAGAAACUUCAGAUGCAACUGAAAACCAUAAUGAGAGCCAUGUGA